ACUCUGCAGAUAAUUCUACUUUAUUUCGAAAUUAUACUUUGCUGGUUGGGCACUUUAAUGCUUAGACUAAAUUAAAUUUGAAGAGAUCUGUAGCCAAUGAUUUAUGUACGUUAUUUUAAUUCUGCUAGCAGCAAAAAAAAAAUUCUUGAUUUCGUCUAAUUCCGUCGAGAUUCAUUGAUUUUUGGCACUCAACCCUAAAGAAAAAGUGCAUAAAACAAAAAGAAACGCUGUAUAGGCGUAUAGCUUCUGUUUCUAAGCCAGAACUCUUGUUUAAAAUAAACCCUUUUGACUCAAACCCCUUGUAAUCUUAUUUCAAACCUUGUGACCUCCAUUUUUUAAACCCUUUUCCGAGAAUUCCACUCUACUUUUCAGAUGCCAUUCUUGUAAUUUGCUUCUUUUUUAUUCAGAGUUCCAGCUUCUAGUUUAGUUCAAACCAGUGAGAUUUUGGAGCCAAGAAAAACAAAUUCUUGAAAUGAAGAUGCCACAAAUUUUUACCCGGUUUUUCUUGGAUGGAUUCUUGUUAUUACUGUUACAAAUUCAUGGCAGUGCUGCUGCAACUCUUCUUGAAAAUGACAAGCGGGCAUUGCUGGAUUUUGCUGAAAAGCUUCCUCAUAUGAGGACUUUGAACUGGAAUGAGCAGUUUCCAGUGUGCAAGAAGUGGACUGGAGUUGGAUGCAGUGAAGAUGGCUCAAGGGUAAUUUCACUAAGAUUACCUGGGGUUGGUUUUCAUGGACCUAUACCACAGAAUACAUUGAGCCGCUUAUCAGCAUUGCAGAUCUUAAGCCUCAGAUCCAAUCGUAUUAAUGGGAGUUUUCCUUUGGAUUUUGGUAACCUUAAAAACCUUUCUUAUCUUUAUCUUCAGUACAAUAAUUUUAAGGGUCCUUUGCCUUUGGAUUUCUCUGUGUGGAAGAACUUGACUGCUGCUAAUUUGUCUAAUAAUGGAUUCAAUAGCAGCAUUCCGUAUUCGAUUAUGCAUUUGAAUCAGCUCACUAGUUUGGAUCUUGCUAACAACUCACUUUCUGGCGAGAUUCCUGAUUUUCAUUUGCCAAAUUUGCAGUUUCUUAAUUUAUCAUACAAUAAUCUUAAUGGUACUGUUCCCAUAUCACUACAAAGGUUUCCAAAAUCAGUUUUUUUGGGUAAUAAUGAUUCUUUGAUGGAGUAUACUGUUUCCAGUUCUCCUGUUGUUUUGGCUCCUCGUGAUGAAAACCCGAAAAGUAAGAGUACACAAAAAUUGAGCGAAAAGGCAUUACUCGGAAUUGUCAUAUCUAUUAUAGGGAUUCUUGCUUUUGGCAUUCUAUUGUUUAUCUGCUGUCUUAAAAGAAAGAAAGAGGAUGGUUUUCCUGGUAAAUUGGAAAAAGGAGGCAUGUCGCCGGAGAAAGCAAUUUCUAGGAGCCAAGAUGCGAAUAAUAGAUUGGUAUUCUUCGAGGGAUGCAAUUAUGCGUUUGAUUUGGAGGAUCUGUUAAGGGCUUCCGCAGAAGUUUUGGGGAAGGGUACUUUUGGGAUGGCUUAUAAGGCAAUACUCGAGGAUGCAACGACAGUGGUGGUGAAGAGGUUGAAGGAUGUCAGCGUUGCAAAGAAAGAGUUCGAACAGCAAAUGGAGGUGAUCGGAAACAUAAAGCAUGAGAAUGUCAUCGAACUGAAGGCUUAUUAUUAUUCGAAAGACGAGAAGCUUAUGGUUUAUGAUUACUACAGUCGAGGCAGUGUUGCUUCAAUGUUACAUGGAAAAGGAGGGGAACAUAGGACUCUGGAUUGGGAAACAAGACUAAAGAUAGCCACUGGUGCUGCAAGGGGUAUUGCUCGAAUCCAUGCAGCAAAUGGAGGGAAGCUAGUUCAUGGAAACGUUAAAUCGGCAAACAUAUUUCUGAAUCCUCGACAGUAUGGUUGUGUUUCUGAUCUUGGCCUAUCAACAAUUACGAGUGCAUUGUCUCCACCUAUUGCUCGUGCUGCUGGUUAUCGUGCUCCAGAACUUACAGACACGCGUAAAGCAACACAACCAUCCGAUAUCUACAGCUUUGGUGUGUUGUUGCUCGAGCUCCUCACUGGUAAGUCCCCUGUCCAUACUACUAAUGGCGACGAGAUUGUACACCUGGUAAGAUGGGUCCAUUCAGUUGUUCGAGAAGAAUGGACCGCUGAAGUUUUCGAUGUGGAGCUGCUGAGGUAUCCGAAUAUAGAGGAAGAAUUGGUCGAGAUGUUACAGAUAGCAAUGGCAUGUGUGGUAAGAAUGCCCGACCAGAGACCUAAAAUAUUGGAAGUGCUCAAAAUGAUCGAAAAUGUUCGACACAGAGAUUCUGAGAAUAGGCCAUCAUCUGAUAAUUCAACGCCUGUACCUCCAUCACCAGGUGUUUGAGACAUAUCUCCCUUUCCUAAAGCAAGUACUGAAUCUUAUCGUCAGUUCACCAUCUUGGUGAACAAUUGCAUCUAGACCUGAUUCUAGUUUAAGGAAGAGUUGGAUUAGGUUAUGCAUCGAUGAUUAAUCUGUAACUAUCGACCAGUUGGCUGUGUUAUUUUCUUUCAUCUUAUAUGUACAUUGAACAACCAGUUUGCUUUUAUUAUCUUGGUUAUUCUUCGUUGAGCAUA